AUGGCUCCAGCGAAUGAGGAGACAGGCCGGGUACCGAGGCCGCAGCCGCUCCCUGCUUCCCCUCAUCCUUCAAACGCCGCUCCCAGCGCUCUCGAUCGUGACGGUGACACGGUAGAACCAGCCAUCUCAAAUCCAGCCGAGACCAGUGCCGACCCUAGUCCAGCCUCUUCAUCCCACUUUCAGUCUGAAUCUCCCAGCCUCGCGCCGAAGGAACGCCCAGUCUCCGGUAUAGUUCCCCCGUAUUGGAGCCAUCAUCGCAAUGCGUCUCGCGUGUCGCAAAUAUCUACCGAUGGAGGACCGGCGAUAACGCUUGAAGAUCAUACUGAGGACCCGAACUCUGAAACUAGCCGUGGCCUGUGGGCCAAGAGCGUCACGAUCGAUGAUCAUGUCGUUGUCCAGGGAAAGACAGGGAUAGGUGCAUACGUGGUGUGGAAUUGCAAGAUCCGAACCCUGGAGAUAUUCCGAGUUCGACGACCUCCGACUAAAGCUAGUGAGAUCCUUCCCGCACGCGAAGAACGCCCUCCCAUCACUCCCACCAAAGAGUGUCCUCUGUACGCCUCCAGCACAUUGUGA